UCAGAUAUUCCGUCCUAACUGACUUACUGUCACAUAUGAAAACUGCGCAUUCCGUAAUCUGUUAUUAUUGCUAUAUAUGUAGAACCUUGCAAUAUACCUACAAAGCUUAUACGGAACACGUACUGAACGUUCAUGCACCAUACAAUAUAAAUGGAUUAUAUAUGUGUUUUAAAUGUAUACCGUGGAGGUCCAUAGAUUCUAUGACAGAGUUACUUAAUCAUUGCCGUUCCAACCAUAUGCCUACUAUACAUAUCUGCUACCUGUGCGAUAACAAAUAUUAUUUUGAAAAUGCUUUCCUCGAACACAAGUUAACACACUGGCAGUAUAAAGAACGCAAAUGUGAAAUAUGUAAUGAGCAAUUUAGUUCAUUGAACUUACUUACGCAGCAUAUUAGAAAGAGUCACCACGAUGCAAUUCUAUGUGAAAAAUGUUACGAUGCAAGAAUUUACCAAUCAAAGACGAUGCUAAAGGUACAUGAUCAUGCAGAACAUACAGAUAUAGUGAUAUUGUAAAUACA